AUGCUUUACCAUUUGAAGAUCGAUCUCGUAGAGGUUCUUCCUCCUCCUGUGUUUAAAAGACGUGUGUGGGAGCUUGUUGGGCUACUCUUGGUAGAUGGGGGAAAUGUGGGUGUACAAGAAGGAAGAAGUAAUGCCCUUACUCAAAAAAGGUGGAGCUUGCUUCUGGUGCCGUCGUCAGAUGAAGAGAGAGAAUACGACGAUGCGGUUCUUAGUUCUCGUAAAGCUCGUUGGAUUGUGUCUGGGGCCAGGCUUCUUGGUAGUAUCAGGGAUAUUCUUGGCAGUCAAUUUUAUGUACUUAAGCAGAGAAAGGUGGUGGUGGUGCUCAGUUGUCUUGGGCCUCACCUUCUUGAUCCGCUGGUUCGCCCUUGGGAUUUAUCUCACUCACCGACUUUUGAGGCUUAUGAUCUGGGCUGGGAGAUUAUUAGAGAUUCCUUGUUAUCGGAAGACACUAUUGCCUAUGAGUGGAGUAGGUGCGUACAUCCUCCAGCCACGAUAAGUUUUCUUGUAGGUCAACCAAGUGCUCACAUGGCUGAUGACCUUAGUUACGCCGCAGCCCAAACCUUUGCCCUUAUGGUAGCUGCCACUGACCAGGUUCGCCUAGCCAGUGCAAGUCAGGGGAAAUUGAAAGUACUACAGGGUGCCUUGGCAAACACAAAGGAAGAGGAUGUUUGUGAGGCUUGUGAAGCCAUUGGGUUUGAAAAGGUAAGGCAGUUGGAUGGUUGCACCACAUCUUCCGGUAAAUCUGAAGUUCCGGGUCCUGGCCAAGUGGUGAUCAGGGCCAAGGAGGUCAACACUGCCCUUACAUCUAUUGCCGAGAUGGAUUUUGUUGGCCUCUUCCGUUUAGGAGAGUUAGAUUAUGAUGGAUUUUGUCAUUUUUGUGGCAAACUAAGUCUGGGAGGUUCUUCAUCGGACUCCAAGGGUUGA